AUGAACCCACUGUGUGAAGGUACGGAGACACUGGGAAAGCACCAAGAGUGUCUAAAGAAGCAGAGAGAAGCAGUCAAAUAUAGGCUGAGGAAACUCGCGGCACGACAGUCAGAAAUCACAAAAAAGUCCUCAGUGAUAAGGAAGAGUAUCAUUCGGAAAUAUCAAGAAAUCCAAGCUGUCCUGGAUGAGGACCUGAGGAUUACCCUGUCCCACCUGGAGAUGGAAGAGCGGGCUGCUGUCUCUGCCUUGGAUGAGCUCAUGGAGAGGAACUGUUCCCUGAUCCAGGAGAUAGAGCAGGACCUGGCUAGACUCACUCUGGCACUGGACCAAACGGACACAGAGCCUGAUACAAUGUCGUUCUUUUCAUACCCUGAACAGGAAGACAUGGAAACAGCAGACAGAGUGAUUGAUCUGCUAAACCAAACAGACCCCAGCAGUGUGAGCCUGGAUGAAGCUAAAGCUGAGCAGAUCAUCAGCCUCACCAAUAACAUGCUUCUGCUUAUCUGCUCCCAGACCCCGAUGAUCAAGAAACUCAUCAAGAGCUAUUCCAGCGAGGUGUGCCUGGAUCCGGAAACCGCCCACCCAAAGCUGAUCAUCUCUCCCCAAGGCGAUAGUGCCACAUAUACGGACACCUGGCAGCAACUUCCUGACUUACCUGGACGCUUUGACACUACCCUCAAUGUCAUCAGUUUGCAGGGCUUCAGCUUUGGUCGCCAUUACUGGGAAAUCGAUGUAACCGGGAAGACUUACUGGGAGCUCGGUGUCACCUACCCCAACAUUCCUCGGAAGGGCACAACUGAGGACUGCUGGCUCGGCCGCGGGCCUGAGUCCUGGUGUGUGGAGUUUUUUGAUGGCGAGUAUACGGCCUGGCAUGGAGGCGUUCCGCAUCAGCUGCCUUUCACGAAGCGUUUCUGCCGGAUUGGUGUUUUGUGUAGUUUUCCUGCAGGGCUGGUGAUGUUUCUCGAGGCGGACAAAAUGACACCCCUGUUUGCCUUCUGCACGGGAACCUUCUCAGACUGCCUCUACUUAGCUGUCUGCCCUGGUCAUGACCACAAUGGCAACAAUGCACAACCUAUUGUUAUCUGUAACCCUUCAUCUGCCAACAGGGAUCUCCGGUUUACUUCACAGAAGAGCUGUUGAACAGUUACUUUUUAAGCUGCUACCCCACAAUAAGGCAAAAAUAUUAAAGCUGUAACUAACGACUUUUUAAAAUAAAGAGAUUAUGAAGUUUGAA